AAUGGACCAGGUGGCAUUUCGAGUCUUCAGGAUAAGAAGAAUCCACCGGAGGACAAAGAACAGGAGAAAACGAGAAACUUCACCGCGAUCUUUUUGCCCGCCACCGUCGAAACAAAUUGCAGUCGAGAGUUGAGACGUGAGAAAUAGUUGCAGAAAUGGCGGAGAGUGAAGAAAACAAAGCGGUUACAAUCAAAGAAGAGGAUAAACAGAAAGCACGAGGACCAUGGUUUUCAACAUUUCCAGCGUUUCGUAUUAUAUUUCCUCCUUCCAAGCAAGAAACCAAUGUUGUUUCAGUAGCAACCGACAUAGUUGAAGAAAGCAAAGCACAGAAGCCAGAUUUCGUGAGGUUUCCGGAUGUGAGGACAGAGUAUCCUCCAUUGAAGUUGGAAGAUGACGAGGUCGUGCAAGAAUCGAGCUCUCGAAACAUGUGGCAGGUUUAUGCUCUUGGAGGCUUCAUGAUUCUAAGGUGGAUAUGGGCCAGAUGGAAGGAGAGGAGGGACAAAGAUGACACAUCGGGUGAACGAGGUGACUAGCAUCUUUAUUCCUUAGCCUUUAUACAUCAAUGGUCGUCAUUUGCAAAGAGUCACCAAUGUAUCAUUCUACCUACGUGGAGAAAGAAAUCGCUGCCUAACAAUUUGACCAAGUAUAGAAAUGGCUUUUCUUUGUUUGCUUUCUAGAUCAUACUGGAGCUUGUUUCUCUCUGUCUAGUUUUGUAGCCAACGUGUUGGGUUGGGUUUGAGUUUUUUCCCUUUGGGUGCUGUUGGUUUCAAAUUCAAUUCACCCAUUCAAAAAGGGAAGGUGAAAGCAACGAUGCUUGCUUUGUCGAUACUACAUGUUAGUUGUCCGGUUGUCCCUCUCAAAUUCGUGUAUUGGUGGGCCAACGAGCAGCGACCUUUGAUUGGCUUCAGAUGGCAGAGAGAGAGAGUGUGAGUGUGUGACAGUUCAUCGGUUCAUCCAUAAAUGCUUGGUCAACAUAGCAAAGUCGACAACAGCAUCUACUUUGGUUUGUUUACUACAAUAGGCGAUUCUGCUUUUUUGUGUUUCUUAAA